AUGACUUCACUCAUAAACUGUUUGGACAAUUACAAUCUUACACAAAAAGCUGUCACCACUGAAGUUAGUACCAUCGUUUACAAUUGCAAUGAAUACGGAAACAUGAGUGUUACUACCGACAUGGUAUUUGAAAUGUAUGAAGAAAACAAAGACAAGAUUAUAACGACUGAAGAGUUUGGAACAAAUCUUACUAUGCCUCUCACAGCUCCGAUCACUUUCUCCGCAUACAACUUGACAAUGGCAAAAAAAAGUAUCACAAUGUUUUAUUGGCAACUCGCUACAGGAGAAAAUUAUGGAGGUAUUAUGCUUGGAUACUGGUGUGGUGUCUUUUUAAUUGCAACUGUGAUUAAUUUUACAGGUAAAAUGGCACCCCGAGUCAUUUUAAAAAUGAAUAGUCCUGCUCUUAUAAAAUUCCGUCAAUUGUUUGUGACUCCUGCAACUUUUGGAUUUAAGCACUCGAUUCCAAUCGGAUGCUUUAAAAACAUAAUUGCAAUGGCAACUCCUACUCGUGGCAUAUCAAUUAUUGUGGGUGGAUAUCUUAUCAUGUCUCUUAUUCUUGGUAUGAUUAAGUUUCAACCUUUUGAGCCCAACGUAUGGUUUGAUGAUCAGCAUGAACAAUUGAUUCGUUAUAUUGCUGAUAGAUGCGGUCUUACUGCCCUUUCGCAAAUUCCUGUUAUUUUCUUAUUUGCUGGUCGUAACAAUUUGCUUCAAUAUUUGACUGGUUUUUCGUUUGACACAUUUAACGUAUUCCAUCGCUGGGUUGGUAGAGUAAUGGUUUUCUUUGCGUUUAUGCACUCAGUUUGUUAUACAUGGCUUUGCCGUGGUUAUCUUUCUGAAGAAUUUGCUGAAACUUACUGGAGAUGGGGUGUUGUUGCCACAGUGUGUGGAUGCAUAAUGCUAGGUCAAAGUAUUUUUAUUUUCCGGUCCAAGAUUUACGAAUUUUUCCUUGCUUUCCACAUUGCUCUUGGUGUUUUCUUUGUGAUUGGAAUGUGGUAUCAUCUUGUUGUAUUAGGAUGGAUGAACUGGGUCUAUGCUACCAUUGCUAUCUGGGGCUUUGACCGUGCUGUUCGUCUCGCUAGAUUGGUCUGGUCUGGUCUGGGAACUGCUCAAAUUAAGCUUUAUCCCAAUGAUCUUUUCAGAAUGACAAUUGAUUACCCCAAGAGAUGGAAGGCUUACCCUGGAUCUUAUGUUUAUGUUCACGUUUUAAGCCCUUGGGGGUUCUGGGAAUCCCAUCCCUUUACUGUUUAUCAGUCUGCGCUCCCAGAAAAUGAGGGAAAGCUUAUGAUUGGUGCUACUGUUAAGGGGGGUAUGACUAAGAGACUUUCUAAAGCUUUGACAAAAGCUGGUGGUGACAAGGCAAUCAAGGUUUUGAUUGAUGGACCUUACGGAGCCAGUCACCAUGUUGCCCGCUAUGAUACAGUUAUUUUUAUUUGUGGUGGUAUUGGUGUUACUGCUGCCUUUUCUUAUCUCAUGGAUAUUAUCAAGAACAAGUACCACGAUCAACGUUUGAUUUUUGUCUGGGUAACCCGUUACCAAUCUUCGUUGGAUUGCUUUGAAGAAGAGCUUAAAUUCUUAUCUCAGAGCGGCAAGUGCGAUGUUGAAAUAUACCUUACCAGUCCUGAUGCCAGCAGAAUUUAUGAUAGCAGCAGUGAUAAUGAAAAGAAGCUGAGUGAUACAGGAAGCGACCACUCAAGCUGCAAUUACUCUGUGAUUACUGGCCAAAGACCAGAUGUGACAACACUUCUACCCAGUUAUAUUAGCCAGUCUAAGGGUACUACAGCAGUAAUGGUUUGUGGACCACCCACUUUGAAUGAUUUGACCCGCCGUACAGUUACCGAUAAUCUAGGAGCUGGUAACGGUCGUGUGGAUUAUUUUGAAGAAGCAUUUUCAUGGUAG